CUUUCAUUAAAAUUUUCAAAGAGGACAGAAGGCCGGUGGCCUGAAAACAAGGAUUUGGAGCUUUGACAUUUGUUGAUCCCAAGAUGUUAGGCUGGGCAAUAGCUUUGCCAAUAAUUGGAACCUACAUUGUAACUUCUGUAGUCCUUUUAAACUUUCCUUGGCUCGUUCAUAAGAGGAAACAGACGAAGUUCCGUUGUCGCCACAUUAGUCAUAGAGGAGGUGAAUUUAGUGAUUAAUGCGACCGUAGAUCGGUCGGCAAUUAUGCUGAUCAUUUUGGAAUCUCGACUUUAACUUCGCCGGACUUAAUUAAUGAACAUGUUACAAAUCUCUUCCUAUGUGUCAUUAUAUUAUCAGUUUACCGAAAAGAAGAUGGUAAACUUUUCUACAACUGCAGUAUAAGUUUUACGUUCUACAUGUCGCCAAGUUAUCGCUUUUUUCAAGUCUUUCUUUUAGUCUCUGAAUAAGGUACAUGUAGCAAACCAUUCCUGAUCCCGAGUUCUGAUCAUUUUGUAGCCUAUUCCAAAUAUUCCGAUUUCUUAAUAUUAUUCUUAAUUAUUAAUAUUAUGUCAAGUUGAGGUGGGUCGGGUUGGUGGGGGAGGGGGGGGAAGGGUUAUUGAGCAGCUCUCCGCGAUCAUGACAUGCUAGUAAAAGCAAACAAAACAUGACAUGAAGUUUGGUUGCACAACUGUUUACUUACCCUUCCCUGCCAAAUAAAAGGCCUUGCACUUUCACUUGCAAUCCUUUCCUUUAGGUGGAAUUCUAGGAAAGUUACUAAUUAACAAACUUUUUUUCUUGGGUGGUUUAUCUCAGGGGCUGCAGAAAAUUUAGAGAAUACGAUGACAGCCUAUCAUCAGUAAGUAAAAUUUUGUAUAUGCAUACGUCUACAGAUUUUGUACAAAAUAUCAAUUUGCUUAAUUUGGUUACCAAACAGCUCGUCCAUUUUGGCCUUUUGUUUGUAACUUAAGGUGGCAAUUUGUAAUGAAACUUGCCCAAAAAUAAACCUUUAAUACAUUUUGCUUUUAUUUCUCCCUAAGUGCCUUAAAAAUGGGAACAGAAAUGCUUGAAUUAGAUGUUCGCCUUACAGCAGAUGAACAGGUAAAAUUAGAGAUACAACAGAGUUUUUGAAGGAAAGCAGUCAGCUUUAUAAUUUAAAAAGAAGUAGCUGCAAUAAUUAUCACUGACAAUAAAUGUAAUAAUUGUAAAUUUCCAUUUGUUUAGUGUGUAAUUUGAUUAUUUCAAUAUAAAGCAGAGUUUAAAAGUAAACAGAGAAUGAUUCAAUGAGAUCAACUUUCUUUAGGAAAAUUUUGGACUCCACUCAAAGGAAAAUGUAGAACCAAUCUGAAUUAGAUCUUGGCAUCCUUUAAUUCCAACCAGGUUGUUGUAUGUCAUGAUGAUGAACUUUCCCGUGUAACAAACACAGACUUGAAGAUUUGUGACUUGAAUUUCAAGGUAACAAUAUUAUAUAUUUUAUCUGUAAUAUUCAUAUCUGAUCUUAUCCCACAAAUUAUGCAAUACUGCUUUUGUCUGAUUUUUAAUCAUUUGCGAGAGAAUGAUGCAUCACAGUGAAUGGUUUGACCAGGGGAGAACAAUUGAUCAUGUAGUAUAAUUGUUAAUAAGAGUAGUCCUGAAAAGGACUGUUGUCAGUAGUAAUGACUGAUUCAGAAAUUUUAAUGACCAAAGCAAAAGUCAUUAAUUGUCACAGUCAAGUGAUUCCUGGUUUUGACAGUGACUCUUUACCCCUUUACACCCUAACAUCAGCAUGCAUAUUCUCCACACUGUUUUUACACAUUUCCUAAGAUGUUGACAAGGAGAAUUUGUAUAACAAAUCAAGAACUUCCUUAGUUCAUUUCCUUUAUUCACUUGACAUUGCUGUGUGAUUCAGGGGUGAUACUGUAAGUAGAAUUUAGAUACUAGUCCCUGUUAGGGGGAAAUGGGUUAACAUUGACUUUCAUUCAGGUUGUUGAUUUAUCAGUCAUCCACACACUCUUUUCCUAGACUUCUCCCACCUGGAUGAUCUGACCUUAUGAUCAAGAGACAAUUUAUCAUUAGGAAUUCUGAAACAAUUUCCUAAGUUAAAAAAAGCAAGAGUCUGAGUAAUAAUUAAGAAGUUUUUCAAUGACCAUCCUUUGAUAAAAGUUCAGAGAAAUGGUUAAUUAGUGAUAAAUUCAUCUAGCCAACCUCACAAUCUCUGUCUCUUGAGGUAGAUGAAUAUUGGCCAUAAAAUUGAAACUCUUUAUCUAUGAAAUAACAGAUUUUGCUCCUUUCUAUCCUUUGAUUUAGGAUUUACCUCUCCUUAGCAGAACACUUGCUGUACAAUUUCAACCAGGUGACUCCUAAUACAAUGGAUACGUUACCUUUUUUACUUUUUUACCCAAGAUCUCAAUAGUAAUUCUAUUUACAGUUACUGUCUGCCGUACAAUUCUCAUGAUGUUAGUUUAGCUUUUUUUUACUUACUAAAUGCCUGAAGCAGGCUACCCAAUGUCUUACAAAAGUACCAACUGUCAGAGAAAAUUUCUAUGAAGUAAUGCCAGUAAUCUGCUCUUUGACUGGUCUAGAAGGCUCAAGCAUUUUUCUAUCUCAACAUAUCGGAUAAAAAAUUGACAUAAAUAAUCAAGUUUAGAUUGGUAUUGAUAUUAAUCAGCUGCUCAAAUGUACAAGUACUUUAAGCAGUUUUCUUGUUUUGCCAGUACUCUUAAUUCUCACCAACUCCUUUUCAUCUAUUCUGUUGUUCUGACUAGCCAUUGCGAUUACAUAAAUUAGGUUUGCCACACUCAAAGAAAUACAUUCAAAUGCUGUCUGGAAUUGCUGUGACAAAGUUCUAAAAUGUAUGUUUUUUCAUCAGGUGUGUCAUGUGAUAUGAAAAACAAUGACUGUCACAUUCCACUGCUGGACACUGUUUUUGAGGCAUUUCCUAAUAUUCCAAUAAAUGUGGAUAUCAAAACCAACUCUGAUCUACUAAUAGACAAGGUGAGUGUAGGAUAGGGCAUCAUUGUUGCAUUUUUUUCCCACUAGGUUAGAUACCUAUGUGUCUAUAGAUCUAAGCGAUUCCUCAAAAUUUGACAUACAGCAAGGUGCUACAGGAUUCCCAAAGUUAUUGGUACCCAAACAUUGCAUUUGCAAUGUAUUGGUGCGUCCUGAACUUUACAAUUUUUGCAGCAAAUCAUUAUAAAUAUUUUAAAUUUUCACAUUCAAUAUAACCCUAUAACUCCCAGAAGUGAUUAACAUGUCACAUUGCAAGUAGCAAAUCAUUACAAAUGUUUAAAUUUUCACAUUCAAUAUAACCCUAUAACUCCCAGAAGUGAUUAACAUGUAACUUCUCCUUGAAAUAUCCGUACAUUAUCCAGCAAACAGGUAAUGAGAAUACUCAAACUUACUAAAUGGAAAUUGCUUUCUUGAUCUAAUGUCAAAUUCUCGUUAUUUAUUCAUAAAGACAUGUGUAACAGCUAGAGGGGAGAAUUAACCUUCAUUUUAGGAGUAAAGAGGAUAAGAAUGUCAACAGCAAUUUUAAAAUGCAGAUUGGAGUAAUUGUUUUGCUGUUGAAUUGUGGCUGAGCAAUAUACUAAACUGAAUGGCUCAAGUCUGAAACUGCAUCAUUUGAGUUGAGUUCACUUGUUGAUUACUUUGCCAUGUUCUCUCUUCUUAGACUCAUGAACUGAUCUCCAAGCAUAACAGAAAGGAUUUAACAGUUUGGGGAAACUUUUCUGCAGAUGUUACUGAAAAAUGUUACAAAAAGGUUUGUAAGCAUCAAUGGUAAGAUUUGAACUUUUAACUUUGUCAAAAUUCCAUGAAAUAUUUUUCAUAGUUAUGACUGACAGCAGCACUAACUUUUUAAUUUUUGAUAUCAAGCUAAGUAGUUAACUCUAAAAAUUAGAUGUAAUGCCCAAGUUGUUCUGUUUAUUUAGAAACUAUGCUUUCAAUCAGAACUAUACACAACUAGUUUCUGAAGAAUACGAAUUGUAUUUGACUUGUGUCAACUUUUAUUUAAUUCCAAUCAGGAUCCAGAAAUUCCAGUCAUGUUUUCAAUGAAGCGUUGUGCCAUACUGGUCUUCUUGUUUUAUUCUGGUUUACUACCAUUUAUUCCUAUCAAGGAAUCCUUCUUAGAGAUCAUGUUGCCUGUCACAAUGAUCAGGUAAGUACCUGUAAGUGUUGAGUAUUAAUCCUUUACAGCCUAACAUCAGCAUGCAUAUUCUCCCUACUGUUCUUCAUACAUUUCCAAAGAGGUUGACAAGGAGAAUUUGUUUCACAAUCAUGCGCUGCUUUGGUUUGUGAUCAUCUCCUCUAUUCUCAUCACUUUCAUGUUUGAUUCAGGGGUGAAAUUGUAGGGAGAAAUUAGAUGCUAAUCACUCUUAGGGGCUAAAGGGUUAAUGGCAAGUACAUAGAGCAAAGGUGGUGUUAAGAGCAAUCAAACUUUUUAUAUUUCCAGUAAGAAUUUUCAGGAGACCUAUUAACAUGUACUUUUUAGUUCAUAAUUUCUGGCAUGGGAAUACUGAUACACUAGUUGUUUUUAUUAUUGACAGUUUUUGGUUUCACUCAUUCUUUUUUUUAUACCACAGACGUUUUGAAGUGCCUCGUACUAUGAAGAUCUUGUGUCAUAUAGUUGACUGGUGAGUACAGGGGAACAUAUCAGGAUGUUAAAUAACUUUGGGUACAUCUCAACGAAUCUGAUUUGGCUUAGUGUACCUUUAUUGACUUUUACUUUUUUUUGUUUUUAGGUUUUUAAUCAGCCCAAUCCUUUUCAACCAUUUGGAAAAGAGAGGAAUUCAGGUUUGUAAUGAUACAUAAUCCAAAUGUAAUGGGUAAAAUAGAAAAAAGCUACUUACAAUGCAUUUCAUCUAAUAACAUAUAUAUACUGUUAAGAAAAGUGGGAAGGGAAAUCUGGCCAACCAUGUACCUCAGGUCUCAAGGUUUGCCAACCUAAUAACAUUUGAAAGAUAACUCUCAGAGAUUUCUGACAAAUGAAGACUGUACAUUACAACAAUAAGAAGUAAACUGGAAACAGAAGUUAAGUUGAAUAUAUACAUAUAAUAAUAUGGGUUUGUUUGCUUGUUUGUUUGUUUGUCUUUAAAAACACAAUGCACUGGUGGUGAAUAUGGAGAUCCUUAUUUCACUUCAAACUUCAUAAGAAAUAAAAAAUUCUCUGGUGGUACUUUUUGAGCCUACAAAUUUUCCUUCUUUCACCAAAUUUGUCACCCAAAACAGGCCUCAGGGUGUAAAUUUCAACAAAUAUUCACAACACCAUUGAACACUAUUAUGUUAUUAAAUCAUCAAUUAUAUUUUGUUCAACAGACCUACUUGUGGGUGCUUAAUGAAGACAGUGAGUUUGAUUUUGCUUUUAACAAGCUCAAGGUUGCUGGUGUCAUGACUGAUUAUCCCACAAGACUUAGGGACUAUCUGCGCAGUAGCAAUUUAAAUCCUGGGCAGCCUGUGCCUACUGCUAAUGGAAGUGAAAGGAGUGAACUAAUUAAAAAGGAUUAA